AUGUUGCUAUCUAUAAAUGAUUGGGAAAGAAAUAAUUCAAUAAAUUCUACCACACUCGCAACUGAUCUCCUUAAGCAAAGAUCUAAGAGGAAUAAAGCUCACAAAAUAGAACUUUCUAGUGACUCUAAAUAUAAUUGUUUCAUUUGUGAAGUCCAGAUUAAAGUAGAGAAACAGAAGAAUUAUGCACAGUAUAGUUUUUACAAACACUAUAUUGCGGAAGAGGGUCAUUUUUCUGCUUCUUCAUUUGUUAUUGGAAAUGCUCCUCAGACAGGUAUUACCCUUCCGAAAGGAAUAGAAUACUUGUAUGUAUACUUUCACCCUGGCAAAAAUGGAUCUCCUCUUAUUAUUUACAUACCUCCGGAAGAUGAUGAACGUUCCACUAAAGGCACAUGGUGGAAGAAAUCUUAUAGGAAGGGCGCUAUUUGGGAAAAGGAAGGAAAGGAUAUGUCACCACCUAAUCCGUCUGAGGACCCUACAAUUGUGGAAAUAAUUAGUGAAAUUCCGGAAAAUGCUCCUGCAAUAAAUCAACAAACUUCUUCCGGGACAAAAACGGCGGCUUCUGUUUUAACUCCACUAGCUGCUACCGGAGUGACUGAAACUGCAAAUUUCUUCCUUAAUCCAAGCUGGAGUAUAAUUAGGAGAGUGAGUACUAUUUUUAGCACCGCUGUAUAG